ACUGCGGAAUCCAAUAUUAUUGGUCCCAAUAUACUGAGUGACCAAUAUUAUUGGUUCCAAUAGAUUGUGUGACCAAUAUUAUUGGUUCUAACAGAUUGGAUGACCAAUAUUAUUGGUUCCAAUAGAUCCAAUAUAUUGGAUCCGAAUAUUAUUGGAUACCCAAUAGUAUUGUACAAUAUCUCCAAUAACGAUUGGUAUUGGUACAUGCCUAGGUCCGUGCUUAUAAGUCUGAACUAAAAACAUUUUGCACUAAAAUAUAGUCCUAGGUGUCUAGAUUCAGAAUCUGUACGGCUUCUAUAUCUAGGGUUAAUCCAUUCAACAAAAAAGACUUUUUUCGUAAAACAUCGGUUUUUUUGCUAGUUUUUGACUAAGUGUUCUCCGAUGAAUCAUGAGAUUUGAAAAGAGUUAGUUUUAUGCCAUUAAACAGGGCAUGCCCGAGCUAUAUGAGACUGUAUUAGAAUCUCUCUUUCUAAAUUUUUCCAAAUGUCCAUAUGAUUGCCCGCUAUCUGUCGUUAAGGAAUAAUGUUUUGACUCUAGCGCUCAAGAAACUCACUUUAGCUAAAAUAUUUACUCUUCGGACAGUAUAUUGGAGACAUUAUAAGAUAUAAUGGUCUAUUUCAUUUUCUUUCCUGCACAAACACUUUAGCAAUGGCACUGAAGUGUCCACUACUUGAUCAGACUUAUGUUGAAUAAGAAUGGCAUCAUCAUUAAACAACCUGACACCGGUUUAUUGAUAGGGAUCAUUACAGAUUGAGAAAAUUUCAGCUUGAACCCGAUCCAACAAAGCUAAAGUCGAACCUCAGAUCUUCAGUACAUAGGAACAUACGUAAAUGCAACAUUCUUAACAAUUGUGUGUGAAUCGUUGCGUCUAAGAACUUCACAUCAGCUUAUUAUCAAUUUUUAACAUAAAACAAAGUAAAAGAAAAUAGUUCGCAGUAUAUAAUAUUUAAUCUGGCUCCGGUCCGAUCCGAUCCUAGGAUCGAGUCAAGUUUGGUUAUGAUUUCAGGUAUCUAUUUCUAGAUGAGUCAUUAAAUCAUCUUCGUGUAUCAAAAACUAAAACGGUCGGCAUAUCGAACUUGAAUGCCACUGUACGAAAGUGUCAAUGAUGGAGGCGUAAUUUCGUGAAGUACGGUUCGAAGGGGUGUAUUGCUUAGACAACGGAGAAACUAACGUAAUAAACUUCCUCUAAUUCUCUUUUUUCUUCAGCUUUAACAGCGCUACAAAAAGUACCACACUGAAAGUCUUUUUGUAGGGAAUGAUAUCUUAUGACUAAUAUUAGAGUAGAUUCUGUAAUCUAUCAGGAUGUAAACUAACUGUCGAAUUUGAACAGAGCGCUAGCUAAUCUUGUUUCCAAAUACACGAACCAAUAGAAGAUUUUCUAUUCCUUAACAUUCAAUUUGUCAAAUCAUGCGCAUGUGCGUUAUCAUAGAAGACUACGCAACUCGCAUUUAUACAGUUAUUUUGAAUCACAUUGUACAUACCUGUCAAAAAAAGUUUGAUAAAUAAUAUUUGAGGACCUGUCUACAUACAAAUAUAAACAAAUUGAUUGUUUAAUAUCUCUAUAUUUCUCAUUAAAGGUCAUGAAAAAGCCUUGUGGGCUAUUAUUCCAAUGGGAUCAACGAUUGUUACCGGUGCAGCCGAUAAAGUUAUAAUAGCAUGGAAUCAAGGACAAAUAAUUAAAACAUUCAAAGCUGUAUUAAAUAAAGAUGAAUUUUUAUCUUGUGCAAAUGAUAAUAGUAUUCGUCGAUGGAAUUUAAUAUCUGGUCAAUGUAUACAGGAAUAUAAUGGGCACACAAGUUUUGUCUAUAGUAUUAGCGUUAUAUCAGAAAACCGAUUUGUUUCAUCCGGUGAAGAUCGUUCGAUACGCUUAUGGUCCAUUGAUAAUAAUGAAUCUAUACAAACUAUUCGUUUACCAGCUCAAAGCCUUUGGUCUGUGACAGUUUUAUCAAAUCAAGAUAUUGUUGUUGGCUCAAGUGAUGGUAGAGUAUAUGUUUUCACUACAGAUCAAUCGAGAACAGCAAGUAAUGAAGAAAUUGCGAAUUUUGAACAGGAAAUAAGUCAAUCAAGUAUAACAACAAAAACGGGCGAUUUAGGAGAAGUUAAAAUAGACGAUUUGCCUGGAAAAGAAGCGUUGGAAAAGCCAGGCAAACGUGAUGGACAAACAACAAUGAUCAAUUGUGGUAAUGGAAAUGUUGAAGCAUAUCAGUGGAAUGAUACAGAUCGACGAUGGAUGAAAAUUGGUGAUGUUGUUGGCUCAGCUGAUAGUACAAGUGAUGGUCAAACGGCAACGGGUGAAAAAAUUAUGUUUGAAGGAAAACUCUACGAUUAUGUUUUUAAUGUUGAUCUUGGUGACGAACAUAUUCCAUUAAAAUUGCCAUAUAAUGCAACAGAAGAUCCGUGGUUUGCUGCUCAAAAUUUUAUUUAUCGUCACGAAUUAAGUCAAAUGUUUCUUGAUCAAAUAGCCAAUUUUAUUGUUACAAAUACAAAAGGAAUGGUCAUCGACCAAAAAGCACCGGAUUUUGUUGAUCCGUUUACGGGUAGUGGACGUUAUGUACCAGUGGGCAAGUCGAGUACUACUCAAUCGAGAAAUACUGAUCCAUUUACGGGUACCGGUCGUUAUAUUCCUGAUAGUGCAGGUGCACAACAGCAGUCCCAACCAUCAAACUACCCUGUCACAAAACGAGAUGCUGCUAUAUGUCCUCAAACACAAUACAUAAAAUUAGUGAAUGCUGAACAAACAAAAAUAUUAGGAAAAUUAAAAGAAUUUAAUAAGAGUGAAAUUGGUGAUGAAUUAAGGUUGUCCGAUGCACAAUUACAAAGUAUUAGUGAUUUAGUGAAUAAUGAUUAUACAAAUCUCGAAACAAAAUUAAAUGUAAUAUUACACUUAUUAAGAUGGCCACCAGAUAAAGUAUUUCCUGCAUUAGAUAUUUUACGAUUGAUUAUAGUUCAAGAUAAUGUAUGUGAAUUAUUAUUUUCAUCUGAUGAAAAAAUCGCUAAUUUUAUGACUAUAUUAUUUAAUAAUCUUGAUCUUGAUCAACCACCACCUAAUAUUAUGUUGACUUAUCGUACAUUUGCAAAUUUAUUUUCAACAAUUCUCGGUGAAAAUAUUAUGUUAAAAUAUAAAGAUUCAAUUUUGGCAAAAACUAUUAUACUUUUACCAUCAUCAAAAAAGAAUGUACAAAUUGCAUUGACAAUAGUUAUUUUAAAUUAUGCCAUAUGUACUUAUCGUAAAAAACUAAUACCAUUAGCAUCCUAUAUUUAUGAAUGUUAUAAAGAAUUUGUCGAUAUACAAUUAGAGCCAGAUAGUGGACACAAAUUAUUAUUAGGUCUUGAAACAUUAUUUUGUGUUAAUCCAGAUUUGAUUACUGAUGCACGAUCAAAUAAAAAAAGUAGUGCUGAAUUAUUUUUGCAAUCUUUAGUAAAAAUAUCAAAUAAUUUUCCGCCAAAUGUUAUCGAAUGUAUUGAACGAUGUCAGACAUUGUUAAAAACAUCUUAG